UUUUUCUCCUGCGCAGUGUUUUCAUUGCCAAUCGCUUUCUCUUGAUAUUUUGACUCAGUCGUCGUCUGGAGAAAACAAAUUUUUUUACUUACGUCUCCGAACACCCCAUACAAAGAAUGUAGAACAAAACCUAUUUCAAAACAACUUCUCCAAGCGUUCAUAAUUGCCGUGGCUAAUUCAUUGGAUCCUUUGUGGGACUGAUCAACAAAUUUCAAAACAUUUGAGUUGCAAUGGAUCCCAGAUAACGUGAAAAGGGUCGUGAAUUAAUCCACGUCUUCUUACAUCCACACGUUGCAGCACGGCCGCCAUCUUUUGCCUCGUGACAUUUUUAUCUGAACGUUUGUUCGAUUAUUGAUUUCCUAGAACAAGUUUUGUCUGCUACAAACCCAUGUUCUUCAUUUUUGUGAUGAAUUGCACGUUGGAGUGGGACAGUUGCGGCGUGAGGAGCAACACCAACACGGCGCCUUUAGCAUUGGAUAUUGACCAUUUUCUGGGGCAGUAGCGGUGGCGCUAGUUGUCACUAAAGGGUUGGAGACGGUGGGUGCGAUGGAUAUCGGUGGAUACGAUGGAUGCCGGUUGAAUUUAAGCACGCAAAAACUAAGAAUAAAUAAAUGAAAGGAGAAAAAAGGUGCCAGUGCAAAGAAGUGAAAAUGACAGACAAAAUGAUCGUUGAAGAAGGGAUAACCCACGAAGCGGAUCAUUUGAUUGGCGGCCUGCUCGGUCAAGCGGAUCGCAAAACACGUCCAACAUUAAGGAUUGGACGACGUGGAUGCUCUUUCCUUGUUACUGUCGUCGUUUUCUUGAUCACUUUGGAUUGGCUCGAAGCCUCGUUGCUCUUCCCGCUUCAAGGAGUUCUUCCCAGCUCUUCCAUCGAAGUCUAUCGGCCUCUACGAGAGAAGGAGAUUUGUCCCAGUAUAGAAGUUCGAAAUGGCCCCCAACAGUUUUCGGAAUUGGAAGGCUGCCGCGUUGUGGAAGGCUUUCUUCAUGUUGUUUUGAUGGAGAAUAUGGAAUUUGCCGCUGAUUUGAAUAAUCGUAGUUUUCCGGCUCUUCGAGAAAUCACGGGCUAUUUGCUGUUUUAUCGCGUCUUCGGGCUACGCUCUAUCGGACAGCUCUUCCCAAAUUUGGCUGUCAUUCGCGGCCAGCAACUUCUUUUUGACUUCUCUUUUGUCGUAUAUGAACUGGUGCAAUUACAGGAAAUCGGACUGAAGUCGUUGACGGAAUUGCAGCGCGGUUCCGUCUUGAUUGAAAAAAAUCCAAAUCUUUGCUACGUGGAAUCAAUCGACUGGGGCCGGAUUGGUCAUUCUGGCCGCCUCAAUCAUUUCAUUCAGGGUAAUAAAAAGGCCAGUGAAUGUCCCAAAUGCCCUGAUCGUUGUCCAGCUGGUGGUGAUGGACGAAGACUUUGCUGGAACAACGACGACUGUCAAAAAGUAUGCGACCAAUGUGGUCAAGGCGGCAAUGGGGCAUGCAGCAUGAUUCCGAAAGAACUUGGGCGUCCAUCUGAAAUACGUUGCUGUCACGAAGAGUGCGCCGGUGGAUGCAGUGGCAACCAGAGCAACCAUUGCGAUGUUUGCAAACACGUCAUCCACAACGACGAAUGCCGAUCUGUUUGUCCUCCGGGCCAUUAUCUGUUUAUGAAACGACGCUGCGUCACGGACAUUGAGUGCAUUACAAUGCUACAUCCUCGUCAAUCUGUUCAAGAAUAUCCGUACGUCAAACGGAAAUGGAAAGUGUUUAAUAAAACGGAAGAAUGCAUUUUGGAAUGUCCUCCUGGUUUUCAGGAAGAGAAGAAUGACUUCAAUAAAACUCUGUCGUAUUUUACGUGCGUCCCUUGCCAAGGUCCUUGCCCUAAGAUUUGCCAAGGGUUAUUUGUGAGUAACAUCGAAACGGUUCAAAGAUUACGCGGAUGCACAACAAUCGAUGGCGAUUUGGAAAUGCAAAUAAAAGGUGGUGACAAUAUCAUCCAGGAACUGGAGAGGAGUCUUGGCAGCAUCGAAGUAAUCCGAGGUGUCCUCAAAAUCACGCGCUCCUUUCCCAUCCUGUCGUUGAGUUUUUUCAAGAGCUUGAAAACCAUUACGGGGAAACUGAAUGCGAUACAUUCCAGUGGGAGUAAAAAUUUUGACGAUGAAUACGCAUUGACCGUCCAGGAUAAUCAAAAUUUGCAACAGCUUUGGCCGAAGACACAGAAUUUGACAAUUUAUAAGAAAAUGUUGUUCCAUUUUAACCCCAAGCUGUGUCUGAAUUUAAUCGUGGAACUCGUCAACUCAAGUAGUCCUCCAGGCGCUGAGACCUUUAAGCAUUCAGAGUUGGACAUCUCACCGUGGUCUAAUGGCGAUAAAGCGACGUGCAACGAACAAGUUCUCAAUGUCACCAUCCUUAACAAAUCAUCCGUAUCAAUGCUGCUAAGCUGGGAUAAUUUUAGAGCGAUGUUGGACGACAAACGCCAGCUGCUGGGCUACAUUGUUUCCUACAUAGAGGCCCCGCAUGCAAACUUGUCUUACUAUGAUGGCCGCGACGCUUGUGGUGGUGAUGGGUGGAGAGUUAACAACGUUGCCGCUAACAUUGAUGGGGAUUCAAACGAACAGCAAAUUCACCUUAUGACAAAUCUUCGACCGUACACUCAGUAUGCGAUAUACGUCCAGACCUACACAGUAGCGCUGCAACAGAUGGGCCAACGCAUAGGCGCCCGUAGUCCCAUUUUGUAUGAGAGAACAAGUCCAGAUGAACCAGACCAGCCUGAAGAUUUGAGGGCUUAUGCUAAUUCCAGUUCCGAACUUAUCAUCGAAUGGAAACCACCCAUUAAUCCUAAUGGAAUAGUGUCAUUCUAUACAAUCUAUGGGAGUUGGCGAAAAGACGACCAAGAUUACGUUGACAAGCACGAUCCUUGCGCCGAACAUGUAAGUUCGUUGGUGGUGACUGAGGCAAAAAAGACCAUUGAAGACAAUUCAUCCGAUAAAGGGACUUCUAUUUUCGCCAGUCCCAGUUUUCUUGGCAUCGCUACUAGCGGAAAUAACGCUGGAACAGAUGGUAUUAAUGGUGGUAGUGCUCAACAAGGGAAGUGUUGCGAGUGUACUGGGUCGAAUGACAAAAUUACCCUGGAGAAGAAGGAAAAGGAACAACAAUUUAAAAUUGAAUUUGAAAAUUUUCUACAUGAUAAGAUUUAUGUAAAGAACACUCAUAUCUUCGGAAGGAACAAAAGACAAAUGGAAUUGAGCGAUCACGAUGCCAUAGAAUUCCCGGAAGAAAACCCAAUGAUUAAUUCAUCACACAACCAAGCGACUAUGACAGCCAAAAAUCGCACGAACACCUACCACAAUAAUCGGUUAAUCACUUUUUAUCAAGAAGUCACGGGAACCAGCUAUACGGUGGUAGGGUUACGUCAUUAUGCAGAGUAUACCAUUGAAGUGGAGGCCUGUCACGAUCCCAUCGGAAAUAUUUCUCUUUGUAGUAAGACUGCUGUGACGUCGGCGCGCACCAAGCAGAGUGAUUAUGCCGAUGAUAUCGUUGGCGGUAUAGUGAGAUAUGAUUCGAACGACACUUCUCAGUCGAUUAAAAUUGGCUGGAACGAACCAGAAGAUCCCAAUGGUCUGAUAACUAAAUAUCUACUCGAGUACAGACGAUCAGACAACGGCAAAAUCGUUAAAGAAUGCGUUCGUCGAAAGGACUUUAUAGAAAGCAACAGAACUCGGAUGUUGGGAGAUCUAAUACCUGGAAACUACUGCGUUCAAGUCCGUGCUUUUUCUUUAGCUGGACCUGGCCCAUCCACAAAGGAUGUUUGUUUUCUCGUCGAGGAACCCUUAAGCGGACUGAAUACCAGCACGAUUACCAUUAUAUUUGUGCUCGUUCUGUUUGUCGUCAUGUUUUUGGUUGCUUGUAUUGCGUACUUCUUUUUGAAGAACAAAAAGAACAAGGAUGAGCAUGGCAUUAUAUCUAUCAAUCCGGAUUAUCACCAAUAUGUUCCCGACGAGUGGGAAGUUGAACGUGAAAAUGUUGUCAUCAUUCGUGCACUCGGUCGUGGGUCAUUUGGUAUGGUCUAUGAAGGAUUGUUACGUAAUGCGAUUCCCAACGGACCAGAUAUCAAGUGUGCUAUCAAAACAGUUAACGAGAAAGCCACACAUAAGGAAAAAAUACAAUUUCUCAAUGAAGCAUCUGUCAUGAAGGAAUUCAAUGCCAAUCACGUACUUAAACUAUUGGGAGUCGUUUCGAAAGCUCAGCCGACGUUAGUUAUCAUGGAAUUAAUGGCUAAUGGAGAUUUAAAAUCUUAUUUGCGCUCUCACCGCCCCGACUGGGAAGAAAACGUCAUUGAGGGCCGCCAACCGCCUACACUCAAAUGUAUAUUGAAAAUGGCCACUGAAAUAGCCGAUGGUAUGAUGUAUCUAUCGGAGAAAAAAUAUGUACACCGUGACCUAGCUGCCCGAAAUUGCAUGGUGGCUGGUGAUUUGACCGUUAAGAUUGGCGACUUCGGACUUACACGGGACGUGUACGAAACAGAUUAUUACCGGAGAGGAGACGCACAGGGUUGGUUACCUGUUCGAUGGAUGGCCCCCGAGUCACUACGUGAUAGCGUCUACACUUCAUCAAGUGACGUCUGGAGUUACGGUGUUGUCUUGUGGGAAAUGGCUACCCUUGCAUCGCAGCCUUAUCAGGGCUUGACCAACGAGCAGGUGGUCAAGUACGUUGUCGAAGGUGGUGUUAUGGAACGACCAGAAGGCUGUCCAGAAAGGCUAUACAUUCUUAUGGAAAGUUGUUGGCAGUUCCAACCCAAAAAACGACCCACUUUCAUGGAACUCAUCGAAAACUUCGUGCCCGAAGUGCCAUCGCAGUUUGCCAGUGUCUCCUUUUAUCAUUCAGACGCUGGCAUCAAGGCGCGGGCGGCCAUAAAGGCUCACUAUGAGCAAGAAACUCAGCUUCUCAACGACCCGUCAACGCCGCUACAUCAAUCAGCAAACGACAGUGGCGAUUUUCUAGUGAAUAAAUCGAUAUCGCGAAAUCAUCGAUACGGUAGGGAUCAGGUUGUGCAAAUUGAUGAUGUGCAGCAAAGAGGCAGUGACUGUGAGAAAAUGGAAGCUUCCAACGUGCGAUUUGGAAUUAGAAGUGGCAACGCUGAUGAGAGCAUGAGAGACGAUGACGUGAGCUACGAAGACAACGUUCCAGUGCUGUUUCCAAAAGACAAGAAAGCGUAUGUUUUGAUGAACAAUCCUGUGACUGCCAAUGGCAGCAAAAGUGAGAAAUCCCAAGGCAGUACUUCUGUGGCAAGUGAAGAUAGCAAAGGAAGUUACGUGAGCAACGGUAGUGCCUCCAACGGAUACGUCAUGGGCAUCUUAAAACAACGUCGUCAUAACAACGUUGACACAGAAUGUUGACGAACUUUCUCCGCUGUCGUCUGCUCCCGUCUUGCAGUCUACCUCGUGCAAACCAGUGUUUUGUCGGAGAAUUGUCCACAAGAAGGGCAAAUACUCGACAGAAACAGACCAGUGAAUUUGCAACAAAAAAGGCAAGUCGCUUUUAAUAUCUCUUGCAUUCGUUAUCUGACGUUUUAUUUUUUUAGCGUGCUGUUUGUACUUAUCAACAAUGUAUAAAAAAUGUUUAGCUAAUGUAUAUAUGACCUGUGACAAAAGAACUUUACAACUGCCGAAAAACUUUGUGAAUAACACAAAUGCCGAAAACAGACUGGUCAACGACGCUCCGUUUAUAUCUGUGUCAAAUUUGUGAAAAAUAUUUAUACAGUGCAUAUAUUUUAUGACUUUAAAAACGAUAAGAAGAAAAAAAGGAUUCCAAUCGUUUUUUAUUGUUUACUGAAAACAACGACAAAAAAGGGAAAAACAACCAUUGAAUUGUUGUACCUCAUUCGCUAGUUUUGUUGUUUUUUGAUAUCUGGUUGAUAAUUUUUGAAAAAAAAAACAAACAAACAAACAAACGAACUUUGCAUAUUUAUCUGCUCAAAACUCAUGUGAGCUGCCUCAAACGCACAUCGUCUUGAUGUCUGUGGGCUACACAGCAUAUGUGUGCCGUACUCCUUAACGCUUUUUCUUUCAUCCAGCAAAUAUCCGUCUUCUGUUUGCUGAUACAAGUCACUCUUUCUUUUGGUCGUUGUUACAAAUUGAGUGCGUGUACGUGAUUUAAUGUUGCCGAUUGUUCAUAUUUUUUAUUAUUAUAUGUGUCCAUCUAUUAGACUCUCAAACGAGUCUGAAACAAUGGAUCGAGAAGAGAAAAAGGGAAGCUAUUACAACAAUACACAAGCCCAAAUUCGCA